AUGAACGUUAUAGAUAGAAGAAGAAGGCUGGGACCUGCUACAGCAAUUCCCCUUACCUUUCCCUCCGCAGAGGUGAAAUUGUCACAAGAAACAGAAAAGAAAGAUAACAAGCUCUUUAUCCAGCUAUCAAACAUCCCAACGGCUACAGGCUCCUCGUUUAUACAGUCAGGAAACAACCUUCUCUUGGCGUCUGUGUAUGGUCCUCGUCCGUCUUUCAAACGGACAUUCAAUAGUAAGGCUGUUUUGAAAGUAACAUUCCAUUCUUCUCCUUUCCUUUCCUCAAGUCAAGCUACGGGCAACGACAGCAACAAUAGCAGCAGCGGCAAAAAACACGUGGGUGAUGAAUUCCAGAUAGUCAAUUCUGUCAUAUCAUCUACAUUAGAAACUGCAUGCUCAAACCUCAUUUUGUUGGACAACUACCCGAAAUCAACUAUAGACAUAUUUGUUAAUUUGAUAAGUACCGAUACCGCAACAAAAUUCAUAGAACUUCUCCCACUGAUCCACAAUGCAGUGAAUCUUGCGUUGGUUGAUUCUGGAAUAGCAAUAAAGGGUUUUCCAUCUGCAAUCAUCUCAGAAAACAACAUUUUCAUUAACUCCAUACAUUCAGACACAUAUGAUCAAAACCAGCAUGAGGAUUUGGAAAAUGAAGAGCUACUCACAUUCUAUAUACCCCAUUUACCGAGCAAUGACGAGAAGGAGUUCAAGCUUUUGCUUUCGGAUGCUAUCGGCCAAUCAAGAUCUUUGAGGUCGGAGCUCUCACAGUUUUGUUGCGAUAAAUUAUAA